UAUGAAAGCGAAAGAGAAAGAUAGCUAUAUCAAACUAUAUCGAAGUGUAUAGUUAAAGUAAUAUGACAGUGUUGUAUACAGUUCUUGAGAUAUCAGUCAGGUUUUUUUUCAGCGGUAGUUUGACUUAUAUAUACAUCAAGAAUUUAUAAUGUUCGUGUAGAUGUGUCAAGUGUCAACUUCCUGCUGUGGAAAGGAAAUAAGGAACUUUUUAGGUUUAGUUUAGUUCAUUUCAGUCUUUUAUUUGGGCCAGUUAAAAUGUGGGGAGGACUACAGUUGCAUUAUUUCAGAGCCAAACCACGCCACUAGUGGGAAGAUAUAGCAUAUAGAGAUUAUAGGCUUAUAGCUACUUAUGUUAUUGUAAAUUAUAUAUACGUAUGUCAGUAUUUAAUUGUAAUUGUAUGUAUACAAAAUAACUGAAUUCGGACUAAGUUACGAUAUCAAGACUCACGUCUUUGCCUAGAGUUAAGUCAGAAAUUUACGGCCUUGUUUUGUUUUGAUACAUAUCUUGAACUAUAAGAUAUAUUGUUCAAGAUAUAUAAGACAAUUUGUUUCUUUUUGUGUUUUUAAAUCGUCUUCUGGACGCAGUUUAGCGACUAGUCGUAUGGGACAGAAAAUAUCAACUUAUUAAGACUAACUGUGAACAGCCUAAUAACGAUCUCUACUAAUGAGGCCUGGACCCAACUGCAGAAUUCGAUCCAUUUAUCAAGCCUUCAGCAUUGCACAAAAAUUCUUCCAUUCCUUAGACAUAUCUAUCACGUAUUCAGUAGAAAUCCCUAGAAUUUAUACAUAAAUUCCAAGUGAUGAUAUUACACCGCUUUGAAUGACUGAAAUUAAAACAUUUUAUAUUGCAUGACCCUAUUAAUACCGCUAAAAACGCAUAAAGAACGUCGAGUUCCGCUGACUGCUUUUAAGAAGCUGUUUUCUUCAAGAUGAUAAACUCUUCCUCGUACAAAAAAGUUUCAAAUUCACAUAAUUUCAAUUAGAGAACUUACCCAAUUUCUUCGAACGUCAGCAAACACAGUAACAAUAUGGGCGCUACUCGCUAGCAUGAAAACAACGCCAAGGUACUUACGCGGUUUACGCAAUUACGUGCUCUCGUAUGUGCGAACAGGUGCGAAUUUAAUCGGUCGAAUAUGACCAAACUCAAAGCCCCGUAUGUAACAAACGAAAAUUACUUCCGAAGACACGUGUCAAUAAUUCUGUCGUGGAGAAUUUCAUUUUUUCGAUGUGAAACGAAAUGAAUCAUUUCCUAGAAUUUAGCUAAACCAUCACUUGCUUUUCAUAUCGAUUAAAUCCAUUCAUUUAAAGCAAACAUCGUCGGGCUGUCCACUGAAAUUUAAGCAAUAUUUACGUCUCAUUGCAAUAUUUGCUCUUCUGACCUUACAUCAGCGCACUAUAAGAGUAGAAUAUAUUCGACGUAUAUUUCAUAUUGACCAAGUGGUAUGUAACCUAUAUAGGAACUCCAUAUAUGCGUAUGGUGCUUCUAAAGCACGAGUCUUCAAGAUUCGAGAGUUGAGAGGAGAGCGGUGAAUAAAAGUCAUGUAUCGUGUGGGGCUCACAAUUUCUCUCCUCUUCUGUGUGCUGCCUUGGAGUCGUGCAACUUAUCUUCCUUCGAUUUUCUGGGACACAACUAAUCCAAUUUUGCAGAAAUGGUAUUGGCACGAAGUAAUUCAAGUGAAAAUCUAUGAUAUAAUAACCUUCGUUUGUCCAAAUAACAACCUCAGAAUGAGGGGAAGAGAGAAGAGGAUUGCAAAUGAAUUAUACCACAAUUUGUAUGUCAAAGAAGUACCGUCGAAUAUCACGAACUUUGAUGGAGUUUGCGACACAGGUGAAAAUUCAACCGCCAAGUUCAUAACAAAAUGUGACAAACCGAAGGAAUUGAAUUAUCAGGAUAUUCAAAUCAAUCUAAACCAAGCCGACCCACUAUUGCCCAAGUUUGAAUACGGUCGAGAUUAUAUGUUUUUUGCAACAUCAAACGGACGACAAGCCUCGCUAGAAACGACAUCUAAGAAUUGUACGAUCGUUUUCCGAAUUCAUUUUGUAAAGCCGAAGACAAAAGUGCCUUUUCCUUCUUGUCCUCUUUUUGGUAGAAAACAAGUGUGUGAACAGCCUGCAAAGACAGCGAAACCCAAACCAAAAACUAAAGACUGCAAAGGCAUGAUCCCCCAAGAACUUAAUGGCACCACAACGUCCAAUUCUAUAAGCGUGACUUGGCAACCGCCAAGUAAGCUUACAUGUAACAUAACAAAUUACACCGUGAGUUUUCGAGGAAAUACGAGCGAAUCGUGGGCCUCGAUAUCAGGCUUAGAAAAACCUUACCACACCAUUGAUGGAUUGGCUGCAGGCAACCGGUAUGGCAUCAAAGUAAGAGCUAACACGCCCGAGGGACCUUGUGACUAUUGUGAAGAAAAGAUCUUCAAAACAAAGACGAUUAUUUCAACACCGCCAAAUAUCUCCGCUCAGAAAGAUGACAAGAAUAUAUCUAUUGAUGGAACGUCGGUUGCAAUUGGAUUUGUUGUCGGAAUGUUCUUCUCCGCGAUUUUAGUGCUUGCUUUUUGGGUUUUUAUCAAUCGGGUUUACAAGAGGAAAUUCAAAGUUAACAAGAAAAAAGAUGUGAAGGAGGACAGUACAAGUAGAAACAAUCCAACCUAUUGCAAAGGAGAUUCUUUGAACGAAGCUUUAAAACAAAACGAUGGUUAUCGUGAAAGUGGUCAGAACUGGAAGUUGCCUCCACUUCCAGAGGAAAAUCUUCAUUUAUAUGUCUCAGACGGCGAUUGAGCAAUUCAGAUAAAAUUGUGAAUACAACUACAAUGUUGAAUGAUAAAUUACGAUUUACUUUGCAUGCAAUUAUUUAUCACGCUGGCUUGAAAUAAAUUUCCAUAAAUUUAGAAUGGUCUUGUAUAUAUAUGGCUAAGUCUAAACGCAUUCAUAAAUUGCUAUAUUAAAUAUUUUAAAACGCGAAAUGUUGUAUCUAUAAUACAUAUUGUCUAUAGUCUUCUUAUGGUGGAUUUCACCCUUUUGACAAUCAACUUUCUGGAAAGUGAUAUUAUCUGUGAGACUAUAUGGAGGGCGAUGGUAGACUUCGUUUGGAAGAAACGUGGAGAAAUCACAUGUACUUUUGCUACUCAUUUUAUUUGAUAACGAGAUUGUAAAUUGUUGGGUGUCUUAUGUUUUUUUGAAUGCUACAAAAGCAUAUUAAAUAGAAGAUAAAAUAACUCCUUGAACAAAUGAAACAUAAAAUAGUCAAAGACUAUAGUUAAACGACAUAAAAUAGCACCAAGAUUUGAAC